UGUGUCUUGUGUGGGGGUUAAAGGAAGAUUGGAUUUCCAUUGAACUUUUGGAGAAUGUGGAGGAAAACACGCCAGAAUGUACUUGAGGAGAGAGGACGCUGGAGCAGCAAGGUGGAAUUUCUUCUGGCUGUUGCCGGGAACAUUGUGGGCCUUGGCAAUGUGUGGAGGUUUCCGUACUUGUGUUACAAAAACGGCGGCGGCGCCUUCCUGGUGCCAUAUCUGGUAUUUGCGGUGUUGUGUGGCGUCCCGCUCUUCCUUUUGGAGACCACCAUGGGCCAGCAUACCCAAGAGGGCGCCAUCACCUGCUGGAGGAAGCUGUGCCCCUUGGCUGAAGGUAUCGGCUAUGGAGGUGAACUGAUUCUGCUGUACACCUGCAUGACCUACAUGGUUGUUCUAGCCUGGACUCUGUUCUACCUCUUUUCUUCCUUCAAAUCCCCACUGCCAUGGAGUACCUGCGACAACUACUGGAACACAGCGGAUUGUUUUGAUGUUACGACAAUGAACCACACCAAUGGAACUUCGGCAGCAACGGAAUUCUGGGAACUUCGAGUGUUGAAAAUCUCAGGGGGCAUUGAGGAGAUUGGCAGCAUCAGGUGGGAGAUGCUUUUGUGCCUCCUGGCUAUUUGGGUCAUUUGUUACUUCUGCAUCUGGAAAGGGGUCAAAUCAACCGGAAAGGUAGUGUACUUCACUGCCACAUUCCCUUACGUGAUGCUCCUCAUCCUUUUGAUCCGAGGACUCUCUCUUCCGGGAGCCAGACAAGGAGUGGAGUUCUACCUUCUGCCCGAUCCGACACGACUCGCAGACCCUCAAGUGUGGCUGGAUGCCGUCUCGCAGAUAUUCUUCUCAUACGGCCUCGGUGUGGGAAGCCUGACGGUACUGGGCAGCUACAACACCCACAACAACAAUUGCUACAAGGACUGCUUUUGGCUGUGUUUGCUGAACAGUUGUACCAGUGUGGUGGCUGGCUUUGCCGUCUUCUCUGUGCUGGGAUUUAUGGCUCACGAGCAAGGUGUACCUAUCGCAGAGGUGGCCGAGUCAGGUCCAGGCUUGGCAUUUAUCGCAUACCCUCAGGCGGUGGCCAUGAUGCCGCUGCCUCGAGUGUGGUCCAUCAGUUUCUUCAUCAUGCUCCUCCUCCUUGGGCUGGACACGCAGUUUGUCGGCAUGGAGACGGUGAUGACAUCAAUUGCAGACAUGUUUCCUGCAGCGAUGCGUCGGAGAGGCGGGCGGGAAGGUUUCCUUCUGCUCUUCAGCCUCACGUGUUUCUUAUUACAGCUCGUCAUGAUCACUGAGGGAGGGAUGUACGUCUUCCAGAUUUUCGAUUACUACGCUUGCAAUGGAGCCUGCGUCCUCUUUCUCUGUGUGUUUGAAAGCUUGGCAGUUGGUUGGAUUUUUGGAGCAGAGCGGUUGUGUGGUAUCAUAGCAGACAUGACAGGCCAGCGUGCCAACCCUUUCUUCAAAAUCUGCUGGCGCUACUUGACCCCAUUGCUUUCACUGGGCUCUUUCAUAUAUUCCCUAGUUGAGUAUCAGCCACUGACAUUCAACCGUUGGUACGUGUACCCGAAUUGGGCCUACGCGUUGGGCUGGAUAACUGCCUUCUCCUCCAUCCUCUUCGUGCCAGCCUGGGCACUGUACAAGUUGAGCACUACAAAAGGAACCCUCAGUCAGCGUCUGCAACGCCUGUGCUGGCCCGAGCCGCCUGACAGCUCGCUGACCCUAAACAAAGGCACGGCACAGCAACGCAUCCAUGAGGAGGAUCUGGAAUGAUUCUGACACAGACAAAAAAAAAAAUGAACUGACCCUGAAGUCC